GCGGGCCCCUCGUAGCCGCUGACUGUUGUCCCCGUGUAAAUAGUAGUGUAGUUUAGUUUUAGUUAGCUUGUAGUUAGUUAGUAAGGAAAAAAAAAAAAAAAAAAGAAAUUGAGGACAACACGACGCCGGAGGAUCCUGCUGCCGGGCGUCAUCCCUGGAGCCAUUCAAGCCCAUCGUAUUAUGUAUAAGUAUAUAUGUUUUGUCGAUGUAGUGCAGCCGUGCACGCUGCGAACAGCGUACCUUCCCCAACUCCUCCCCGCAUCUACUUCACCCCUGCCCUAUGUGGUAGGGAGUUUCCGCCCGGGUAGUGGGGUUUGCCCCGAGGCCCGUUCCGUGCCCCCGAAAGGGGGUACGACGACCCUUCUUCCUUCCAUUUCUACCUGCUUUCUGCAUUCUCGCACAAAUAAAAGAACUUGUCGUUACGCUGCUGGUUUUUAUUGUCACAUCAUUUGCAACAAUCAGAAGUGGCAUAAAGAAAUGAAACAACGUCAUAUACACGCUCAGAUCUCUCGGUCUUCUGACAAGUUUGAAGAAGAUGAAGCUCCUAUUCCACUGGCGAGGAAGGUGUUGAAAAAUUGCUUCAGAAGGAGGUCCACAAGGCGAUACUUGAGCUACAGGAUGAAGAACCUGGAACAAUCAAAUCAAAGGGACUUCGACGUCGUCGGACCAAGAGCGCCUGCCGCCCUGUCCUUCCAUCAUUCUGGUUCACGUGGAGGGAAACUAGAAGAGCAGCAACGUGGUUGCGCUCCACUGCAGCACUACGAGUUUCACGGCGCUUCACGAACUCCACGGCUACGAGCUUCCUUCUCCCUGCCUGCGACGCUGCUGCGCGGCGAAGACGGCUACAUCAAAGUCAUCAACAUGGGCUCGGAGACCAUCAUGUGGCCGCCGGGCGAGGUCCUGCCGAGGGCCAACAGCUGCGAGGAGCCACAGCCAAACAGCCAGGAUGGCCGAAUGUAACGGACGUGACGUCGGCUGUUAUGCCCUGCCGCCAGCCAAACCGCCAAGCCAUGUUAACACGCCCCCUUCCGCCACUGCCACCGCCGCCGCCGCCAGCCAAAGCCAACGAAGGGGGGAUAGUGUUAAUAAAACAAGCCAUGUCAGCCAUUUCUACCUGCUUUCUGCAUUCUCGCACAAAUAAAAGAACUUGUCGUUA